AUGGCCUCCUCAGGCAUGCUCACCAAGUUCGAGAGCAAGAGCUCCCGCGCCAAAGGGAUUGCCUUCCACCCCAAGCGACCAUGGAUCCUCGUCUCCCUUCAUUCAUCGACUAUCCAGCUAUGGGACUACCGUAUGGGAACCCUGAUCGACCGACUUGAAGGCCACAGCGGUCCCGUCCGCGGCGUCGACUUCCACAAGACCCAACCCCUGUUCGUGUCCGGCGGCGACGACUACAAGAUUAAGGUGUGGUCUCUGACCACGAGGAGGGAGCUGUUCACACUCAAUGGGCAUCUCGACUACGUCCGAACCGUUUUCUUCCACCACGAGCUCCCAUGGAUCAUCUCAGCCUCCGACGACCAGACCAUCAGAAUAUGGAACUGGCAGAACCGAUCUCUGAUCUGCACCAUGACCGGCCACAACCAUUAUGUCAUGUGCGCCAGCUUUCACCCCACACAAGACCUGGUCGUCUCGGCCUCCCUGGAUCAGUCCGUCCGUGUGUGGGACAUCUCAGGGCUGCGCAAGAAGCACUCCGCCCCCACUUCCAUAACAUUCGAGGAGCAAGUGGCUAGGGGCAACCAAAACCAAACCGAUAUGUUUGGAAACACCGAUGCCGUGGUCAAGUUCGUUCUGGAGGGCCAUGAUCGCGGUGUUAACUGGGUCUCGUUCCACCCAACCAUGCCCUUGAUCGUGUCGGCUGGCGACGACAGGCUGGUCAAGCUGUGGCGCAUGAGCGAGACGAAGGCAUGGGAGGUCGAUACAUGUCGAGGCCACUUCCAGAACUCCUCUGGGUGUCUCUUCCACCCCCACCAGGACCUCAUCCUGUCGGUCGGAGAAGACAAGACCAUCCGAGUGUGGGACCUGAACAAGAGGACAAGCGUGCAGAGCUUCAAGCGAGAGAAUGACAGGUUCUGGGUCAUUGCUGCUCAUCCGGAGAUCAACCUGUUUGCGGCUGGCCACGAUAACGGAGUCAUGGUCUUCAAGCUUGAACGUGAGAGACCGGCAAUGGCCGUCCACCAGAGCACCCUCUUCUACAUCACAAAGGAGAAGCAGGUCAAGUCGUACGACUUCCAGAAGAAUAUUGAGAGCCCCACGCUGCUCUCCCUUAAGAAGGUUGGGCCUGCCUGGGUCCCUCCUCGCACGCUUUCGUACAACCCUGCUGAACGCUCGGUUCUGGUCACCUCCUCCACAGAUGGCGGGUCGUACGAGCUCGUCAACCUUCCUCGUGACGGCUCUGGCGCUAUCGAGCCCACAGAGUCAAAGCGCGGACAGGGCAACUCUGCGAUCUUCGUGGCCCGGAAUAGGUUCGCUGUCUUGAACAAGUCCAGCCAGACUAUUGACAUUAAAGAUUUGUCAAACGCCACCACCCGUUCCUUCAAGCCUCCCAUCGGAACGACCGACAUUUACUUUGGUGGAACCGGCAACCUCCUCAUCAUCACCCCAACAGCCGUGCACCUCUACGAUAUCCAGCAGAAGAAGAGCAUCGCGGAUCUGUCUGUGAAUGGUGUGAAGUAUGUUGUGUGGUCCAAUGACGGUCUGUAUGCCGCCCUUCUGAGCAAGCACAACGUCACUAUCGUCACCAAGACCCUGGAGCAAGUGAGCACCCUGCACGAGACCAUCCGUAUCAAGAGUGCUACUUGGGAUGACGCCGGCGUUCUACUCUACUCGACCCUCAACCAUAUCAAGUACACUCUGCUGAACGGCGACAACGGUAUCGUCCGAACACUGGACACGACCGUGUACCUCACCCGUGUCAAGGGCCGCAAUGUGUACUGCCUGGACCGCGCGGCCAAGCCCAAGGUUCUCCAUGUCGACCCUACCGAGUACCGCUUCAAGCUGUCGCUAGUCAAGAAGAACUACAGUGAAAUGCUUGACAUCAUCCGGAACUCGAGCUUGGUUGGCCAGUCUGUCAUCUCGUAUGUACAGAAGAAGGGCUACCCCGAGAUUGCCCUGCAGUUCGUCCAGGACCCAACCACAAGAUUCGAGCUCGCCCUUGAGUGUGGCAAUCUCGAGGUCGCCGUGGAGAUGGCCAAGCAGCUGGACAAGCAGGCACUCUGGGUCAAGCUCGGCAGUGAGGCGCUCGCUCAUGGAAACCACCAAACAGUCGAGAUGUGCUACCAGAAGCUGAAGCAGUUCGACAAGCUGUCCUUCCUGUACCUGACCACCGGCGAUCAGUCUAAGCUUGCUAGGAUGGCAAAGAUCGCUGAGCACAGAGGAGACUUUACUUCUAGGUUCCAGAACGACCUGUUCCUUGGUGACGUGGACAGAAUACAAAUGUUCAAGGAGGUGGAUCUUUACCCUCUGGCAUAUCUGACUGCCAAGUCGUACGGUCAGGAAGAAGAGUGUCAGUCGAUCCUGGAGGCCACGGGCUUGACAGAGGACCAAAUCACGCUGCCAAAGAUCGGCGAGCCCCUGACUCCACCAAAGCCAGUUGUGCCAACGUUCAAGGCGAACUGGCCGACAAAGGCCACCUCACAGUCUUUCUUCGAGAAGGCAUUGCUUGGCGAGGUCGAGGGUCUCUCGCUCGAGGAUACGCCCGCAGCCACGAACGGAUUCGGCGACGACUCGGUAGACGAUCUUGUGGCCAAGAACGGCGCGCUGGCAGAAGCCGACGAUGAGGAGGACGCUGCUGGCUGGGACAUGGGAGAUGACGAGGUUCCUGACGUAGAAGGCGACUUCGUAAAUGUCGAGAGCGCAGACGCCGGUGGUGCUGGCAGCAGCGAGGCCGACAUGUGGGCUCGUAACUCUCCAUUGGCCGUGGACCAUGUGGCCGGCGGGUCCUUCGAGAGCGCUAUGAACCUCCUCAACAGGCAAGUGGGCGCUGUUAGUUUCGCACCGCUCAAGCCAAGAUUCUUGGAGGUGCACGAAGCGUCUAAGACGUACCUCCCUGCAUCUGCGGGCUUGCCUCCGUUGAUCAACUAUGUGCGCCGCACGGUCGACGAACAAGAUCCUAGGUCGGUCUUGCCGUUUAUUCCCAGAGAUCUUGAGCACCUCGCCACCAAUGAUCUCCAACGCGGGUACGACACAAUGAAGGCAAACAAACUGGAGGAUGGUGUCAACAUCUUCAAGGGUGUCCUCCACGCUAUAUUGGUCAACGCUGUCUCAAGUGAGAGCGAGGUCGCCGAAGCGAAGAAGCUCAUCACGUCGGCGAGCGAGUACACAGUUGCCAUGUCGGUCGAGCUGGCACGGAGGAAACUUGGCUCGCCAGCCGAGGUCAACGCCAAUCCCGAGCUGCUGAAGCGGUCCCUGGAGCUGUCAGCAUACUUCACAAUCCCCAAGAUCGAGGUGCCUCAUCGCCAGCUGGCCCUGCUCAACGCCAUGAACCUGGCAAGGAAUGCCAAGAAUUUGAGCUCGGCCCUGAGCUUCGCGAACCGCAUCCUGGCCAACGGAGGAGGCGGCAAGAUUCUUGAGAACGCCAAGAAGACCAAGGCACUGGCUGAGCGCAACCCGCACGACGAGAUCGAGAUCGAAUUCGACCAGUUCGCCGAGUUCGAGAUCUGCGCGGCCAGCCACACGCCAAUCUACAGUGGCACGGCGUACGAGGAGUGCGCGUUCGACGGGUCCAAGUACCACACCAAGUACAAGGGCACCGUGUGUACCGUCUGCGAGGUUUGCGAGGUCGGCAAGCACGGCAGCGGGCUGAAGCUCUUCUUCUAA